AUGCCGCCUAAGUUUGUUCCACGUCUGCGAAAACAGAAGCACCGGCAGCAAGAGCCUGAUCAAUCGGUGGACACCAAUGUCGCGGAGCUAGCACCCGUCUCCAAAGAUGAGAAGGAGGCAAAGAGGCAGAAAUUACGUGCAGAAUUACGGGAUCAAAAUCCCAAUGUCUCUUCAAAGAAGCAAAAGCGCUUGGACAAGUACAUUGAAACCAAAUUGAAGAAAGAAGAGAACCUUGAACUCAUCAAGAAACUCGCCAAGGCGAACGCGACAGCAGAUAAUUCUGGCCUUCAGAGUUCAAGGGAAUUGGGACAGCGGAAGCGACUGCAAAGAGACAAUGCCCCGGUAUUCGCCAUUGGCAAAAGACCAGCACAAGAUUUCUCCGGAUAUGAUACCGACGAUUCCGAUGCCGAUCUCAAAGCCUCCGAUCCUGCGACAGACCCCGUGGUUGCGCCAAAGCCUCAACCACUAGCCGCCGUCGGAAGUGGAUUGAAGCGCCCUCUCGAACUUGGACCUGAUGGGUUCCCGAUCAUCAAAAAGCGCAAGCGCACCGCUAAACCAGCCCCAGCUCCACCCGUGAAGGAGGUUGCGUGGGAAGGUUUUGGCUCCGGAGAUGAGGACUCUGAGGUUGAUGAGGACGAUAAAUCGGACGAUUCUCAAGGCGAUUCCAAGGACAACUCCGAAGACGAUGAGGAUGACUCUGACGAUAUGGACGAGGGUGAGGAUGAGGAUGAAGACGAAGAUGAAGAAGAUGAGACAAGCGAGAGAAAAAUCAGACCCAGGGAAUCCGCUUUCAAGUCAUGGGCUGUACAACAAAUUAAUGAGGCCGUCGGGUUCAAGCCUAAUGCUCCAGUGACAGAAGAUCAAUCGCAGCAAGCAUUUGCUCCCCCCACGAAAGAGCCACGGAACACCGUUGAUAUAGAGGACCCUCUUCCUGCGGAGCUUCAACCGAACUAUUCAAAUGUCAACCGAAAGACUUUCAGCGUCGCCGUGGAACGGUCAGAGGAGAUUCAAAAUGCGCGUCUUGGUUUGCCAGUGGUCGGUGAAGAGCAGAAGAUCAUGGAGGCAAUCCACAACAACUCGACUAUUGUUAUCUGGGGUGCUACUGGUUCCGGAAAGACAACCCAGCUUCCCCAAUUCCUCUUUGAAUCCGGCUUUGGUAACCCAGACAGCGAAAACCCAGGCCUGAUCGGUGUUACUCAGCCUCGCCGUGUCGCCGCUGUCAGUAUGGCGAACCGUGUUGCCCAAGAACUUGGACAGUACUCGGAUAAGGUUUCGUAUCAGAUUCGAUUUGAAACUACCGUUUCUAAGAACACAGCCAUCAAGUUCAUGACUGAUGGUAUUCUUCUCCGUGAGAUUGCGGAUGAUUUUGCUCUGCGAAAAUAUUCCGUGAUCAUCAUUGAUGAGGCCCAUGAGCGGAGUGUGAACACUGACAUUCUGAUUGGAAUGGUCAGCCGUAUUGUGGACCUGCGCAAGUCAUUGUGCGAGGAAGAUCCGUCUGUCAAGCCGUUGAAAGUCGUCAUCAUGUCUGCCACUCUUCGAAUUUCGGACUUUACUGAAAAUCCAAGCCUCUUUCGCCAAGGACCACCACCUCUGGUUCAGGCAGAAGGUCGGCAAUACCCUGUGACUGUCCACUUCGCUCGUCGAACACACCGUGAUUAUGUCGAGGAGGCUUUCCGCAAGGUCUCGCGAGGUCAUCGCAAACUUCCACCCGGUGGAAUGCUCGUCUUCUUAACUGGACAGAACGAAAUCCGACAGCUCUCCAAGCGACUGAAGCAGGCCUUCAAGCCUACCGAGCGAUCGGAUGCCACGCAAGCCAAGGUGCAGUUCACGGCGAACGAUGCGCCCCUGGAAGCAGAGGAUCUGGAGCUUGGUGGUACCGAAAUGCACGAUAAUGGUUAUGACGACGACAGCGAUCUUGAGAUCACCGGACUGGACGAUCCAGAGGACGACGAGGGCUUUGACCUUGGAGAGGAUGCCAUGGACUCAUCCACAAAGGUCCACGUAUUGCCUCUAUACUCGCAGCUUCCGACAAAAGAACAGAUGAAGGUCUUUGAGGCACCACCAGAAAACUCCCGUCUUAUCAUUCUCGCCACGAACGUUGCUGAGACAUCUCUUACAAUCCCCGGUAUCAAGUAUGUCUUUGACUGCGGUCGAGCCAAGGACAAGCAAUUCGAUCUUUUCACCGGAGUUCAGAGUUUCCAGAUCGGUUGGAUCAGCAAAGCCAGCGCAAGCCAAAGAGCCGGUCGUGCCGGUCGAACAGGCCCUGGUCAUUGCUACCGUCUGUACUCUUCGGCAGUCUAUGAAGCCGACUUCGCCGAAUACACUGCCCCCGAAAUUCUGCGCACUCCUAUCGAAGGCGUCGUCCUGCAGAUGAAGAGCAUGGGGCUACACAAUGUGAUUAACUUCCCAUUCCCCACACCCCCAAGCCGUCAAGGUCUCGUCAAGGCAGAGAAGCUUCUCAAGAACCUAGGUGCCCUCUCCACAGAUGGCCAAGUCACACAGAUUGGUCGCCGUCUCGCAACAUACCCCCUCUCCCCCCGAUUCGGCAAAAUGCUCUACAUCGGCCAUCAGCAUGGCUGCAUGCCAUAUGUCAUCGCUCUAGUCUCAGCCCUCGCAGUCGGAGACCUCUUCAUCUCCCAAAACGAAGUCGACCCCACAGCAUUCGCGCCGAAGCCCAAGCCCAAGGACGAUAGUGACAGCGACAGUGACGACGACAAAAGAGUCUACACAAACCUAGACCGGAUAGAAGACACAGAGCGUGAAGCCCGCGUCAAGAACUACAACCGCGUCCAACGCCUCCUUAGCAAACACGACGACACAUCCGACGCUCUGAAAUUCCUCUCCGCCAUCUGCGCCUACGCCUACGCUUCCGACGGUGAAGCCUUCAGCGAACAAAUGUUCCUCCGCGCCAAGGCAUUCAAAGAAGCAACCCAGCUUCGUCGCCAAUUAACAGAUAUCGUUCGCUCCAAUAACCCCGGCCUCAUAAAAGCUUACGAAGCGCGCCUCCCCGAGCCAUCCACCAAGCAAAUCAAGGCCCUGAAACAAAUCGUCACAGCAGGUUUCAUUGAUCACGUCGCUAUCCGCGCUGAUCUCGCUCCCGUACCACCUGAGAACCCUCGUGCGCCCCGUCGCGCAAUCGACGUCCCCUACCUAACCCUCUUCCGGUCAAGAGAGGGUCCCAACGACGAUAUCUCUCAGCGUGCAGUCUUCGUGCACCCCUCUUCCAUCAUGGCGAAGCUUUCCCCGAAGGAGAUGCCUCAGUAUAUCAUCUACUCGCAUCUGCAGCAGUCUACUGCAAGCGUGGUCUCGGAUCAGACGCCUAAGAUCAGAAUGUUCCCGCUUGUUGCGCCGAGUGGAUUGCAGCUCGCAGCGCUGGCGCAUGAUACUCCGCUUGUGAAUUAUGGAAAGCCGAUUGGAAAGACUGAGACCUUGGAGGGGAUUCCGCAACGUAGAGCUUGUUGGGUUAUUCCUUCCUUAGUUGGUGAUGCAGGCGGUACCGGGUGGCCUUUACCUGCGAAGAAGGUUGUCCAGAGGAAAGAUCCCAAAGAGGGAUGGGUUAUUGAGAAGUUUGUUGGUUGA